AUGGCUGCCAACCCAGUUCAAAAUGGACUCUUCGUCCACAACAACAGUGUUGCCCCCGAGCACCCGAGCUUGAUGAGCAUGUUCUCCCUUAAAGGAAAGACGGCUAUCGUCACUGGUGCGGGAGCAGGCAUUGGUCUCGCCGUUGCCCAGGGCCUUGCUGAGGCGGGUGCGAAUGUCGCCAUGUGGUAUAACAGCAAUGUCAAGUGCGUGGAGAGGGCCGCCGAGAUUGCUGAGAAGUACGGCGUUCAGACCAAAGCCUAUCAAGUUCAGAUUACGGACGCGGCAGCAGUCAAGGUGGCGGUAGACACCGUUGUCAAGGACUUCAACGGUCGUCUGGAUGUCGUGAUUGCGAAUGCCGGUAUUCCAUGGACUAAGGGCGCCAUGGUCGACGGGCCGGUUGAGCACUAUCGGGAUGUCGUCGCCGUCGACCUGGACGGCACCUUCUACUGCGCGCGAGCUGCGGCCGCCCAUUGGCGGCGCCAGAAGGAGGAGGGCACCGAUAUCAACGGCAACAAGCUGUCCAACUUCACCUACGGUAGCUUUGUGGCCACCGCCUCCAUGAGUGGUCAUAUCGUCAAUUUCCCCCAGAUGCAAGCGGCCUACAACGCCGCUAAAUCUGCCGUUGUCCACCUCUGUAAAUCCCUCUCUGUGGAAUGGGUCCGCUUCGCCCGAGCCAACACGGUUUCCCCCGGCUACAUCGCUACCGAAAUCUCCAACUUCGUCCCAGAGGACACCAAGAAGAUCUGGCGGGACAAAAUCCCCAUGGGCCGUGAGGGCCAGGCCCACGAGUUAAAGGGCGCAUAUCUCUACCUCGCUUCAGAUGCGUCCAGCUACACGACCGGCGCAGACAUUGUCGUCGAUGGCGGCUACUGCGCCCCAUAA